UGUGCCCGACAUGGGCAGCACUUUGGGGGUCAAGGGCUGCCGGGGCCAGGGGCUCCCAAAGCUCAGCAGCACUUUCUGCAGUAGCCAGGGGGUGACAAAGAGGCUGCUGGGGGUAUGGGGCCCCCCGACCAGGCACACUGUGGUACUUGUGGGAAGCUGCUUUUCAACUCCUGGGGUUUUUUUUCCCCUCUUAAUCUGGGUAAUACGUAACCAAAAUAAACAUACUGAGGAAAAACCAACCCAACCCAGUGGGCUGUUUUUGUCUUGGUGCAUGCAGCUCAUCUGUGGGCUGGCUGGUGUUGUCCUGGGGCAGCUCUACCCCAUCCAACUUGGGGGGGUGAGUGAGUGGCUGCUGGUGGCCAGCUGCCAACUGGGUUUGAAUCAUGACCCUGGGCCAGUUUUAGGGGCUCAGAACCAGACUUAUUUUUUGGGCUCCCAAAGAGAGACUCAGGGCCAUGUUUGGGGGGCUCAAAAUGGGGCUCAGAGCUUAAAAACGGAGACUAAAUGCUUCAUUUUGCAGUCUUGCUUAGAAACAGCCAUUAAAUCCUGCUUUCAGGGCUUGAGGCAGAGAGCGUGUCUCGUGUCUUUGGGCUCACAAAGAGAGACCAAGUGACGCAUUUUAAGGCCUCAAAAACCAGUGACUAAGUCCUGUGUUUUAGAGCCCUGAAACGAGGGUCACUCAGCCAGUGCUUGGGCCCACAGAGAGAGACCAAGUCCUGCACUUUGGGGGCUUUAAGGCAGAGACCGAGUCCUGUGGAUGACCAGUACUGAAGGUGAGAAAUGGAGACUGAGUCCUGCUGGCCUUACGUGGCCACAUUUAGGGCUGAGAAGCAGUGACUGAGUCCUGCAUUCUGGGGGCAUGAGGAGAGACCACGUCCUGUCCCUCAACCCCUCUUUGGGGAAGGUGUCUCUGGGAAAGGGGGGUUAAAUCUUUCCCCCUUUGGGAAAGGGGGGUUAAACCUGGGGGAUCAGUCCCAUGGCUGUGGGGCAGUAAGAGGGCUGGAGGUGGCUGGGACAGACCCUUCUGCCAGGGUUUGGGUUGCAGCUCAGCUUUUGGCUGGUGCUGGAUCUCCAGCUUUGGGGGGGGUCCCCUCGAGCCUCCACUCCUGGCCCUGCUCAGCCCCCGCUGCCUGCCUGGGCUGAGGUGUUGAGCAAUGUCCGGGCUUUGCUCGUCUCUUCCCGGCAGUGGUUUCCCGCUCUCUGGCAUGAGCCAGAGGGAUUAACGUGCCGCUAAUCCCACUGUGUGGCCGGGAGGGAGGAGUGGGUCAGCCGGGGCUGGGAGCCUGUUGCUGCCGGGCGAGACGGUUCUGGGCAAAGCACUUGGAGUGGCGAUGCGUGGGGGAAUCGGGGGAAUAAUCUGUCGCUGUUGAUCCCAGAGGCGGGAAUUUGCAGCGUGGUGCCAGGCCCCAGGCACGGAAGAGGGGGAGAGCCGGGCCAGCGGACGUGUGAGCGGAGCUCCCGGCUGGAAUGCACCAGCUCAGCAAGGGAUUGUCCUGCCCGGGCCGGGCGGGCGCUGCGCCCUGAGCCUGGUGGCCGCAACAGCUGCCCGGACCAUGGCGGGAGCAGACAGUCCCUCGGCCGCCCUCCGGCGCCGUGACCUGUGUGCCCGCGGCAUCCGCCUGGCCGGGAAGAUGCGCUCGGACGUCGUCGACCUCCUGGACGCCUACGUGGAGCAGCAGGGCCUGGACGCCUCGGCCAGCGUGGCGGCGGUGGAGGGGGUGCCGCCGGCGGCGGUGGAGCGCUGGGACGAGCAGACGGGGACCCAGCGGCUGCUGGAGAACCUGGCGGCGUACAGGGCCUUCCGCGGGCUGCUGGCGCAGAUGCUGGAGGAGCAGCGGGAGCAGCUGGGUGAGGCCGACGCCGCCCUGGGCCGGGCGCUGGCGGCCGUGCUGCUCCAGGUCUCGGCCUUCGCCUACCACCUCGAGGAGCUGCUGCGGCUGGAGAGCCGCGGGCCCCCCACCGACGAGGGGGACGGGCCACCCCCCCAGCCCCAAAGCGUCUUCGAGCAGAAGCUGCGGGGCCUGGGGGUGCUGCGGGAGCUGGCCCAGUGGGCCGUGAGGUCUGCGCGGGACCUGCGGCAGCUCGCCAAGCCCGGCCCGGGCGCCGGCUCGGCCCCCAGCCCGGCCGAGAGCCCGUGAAGGCGAGCGCAGGGCGGGGGGUCUGGGGUGCCACUGGGGCACAGUGGGGGGCAGCUGACAGCGAAGGAGGGCAGGUGGAUGGGAGGGACCGGGUCAUUAACCCCUGGGCCCCCCGUGCUUUUGGUGCCGCUCCCUGUGGGGAAGCUGAGGCACGGGCCGUGGUGUACCCCGGAGGGAGCGGGGAUCCCCAGGCAGGACAAUCCUCAGUGGUCCUGGGGCUGGCAGUAGGAACUAUCCCCUGGGAAGCGGCUUUGCUGCUCACCCCAGGGCCUGGAGGCCGUGACCCUCAGCUGGGGUCCUUUUCUUUGGAAUUUGGUCACUGCCUGGUUCGCUGUGGCCACCCUGGGGGCUCUUGCGGAUGCGAGGCAGGAGCCAAGGGACAGCAAAGUGUCACCUGGCCAAAGGAGUCUCGGGACCUGCCCCACAGCUGCAAGGAGCAAGGCUUUGCCUCCUGCACGUGAACUCUUCUGCCUAGCUUGUGUUGGCUGCUCAUUGGAUUUCUGCUCUAACUGCUU